AGUGAAUGUGAACCAAUCAGCUGUGGAGUUCAGGUCAUGUGGGCGGGGCUACGGCGCUUCCUCACACAUCACGCUUGUUUCCUGGUCGUUGCUAACAACCUGCUGCCUGCAACUUCGCCUGUCCACUGUCCCCUCAUGCAUCGGCGCCUUCCAGCUGUGGUGUUUUCGGGAUGUGUGUGAGGAUGAAGCCGUGUCGACUGUGAGUGCGGUGUGACUCUCAGCUCCGUGCAGGCUGCAUGGUGCUCCGUGUCUCUCUGCCUGCUCUCUGACGCUUGGGGUUUGCAGUCUGGCCUCCAGCCGCGGCUGCGAAUUAACUUCAUUUCUCAGCGUCGCCCUUUGCUCUGAAAUCAUGUUUAUUUUAUAAAGAUGGCGGUGAGGGGGACACUGUGAACUAAAUGACUGUCAGAAACAUCGCCUCCAUUUGUAAUAUGGGCACCAAUGCCUCUGCUCUGGAGAAAGACAUCGGCCCGGAGCAAUUCCCAAUCAAUGAACACUACUUUGGAUUGGUCAACUUUGGAAACACAUGUUACUGUAACUCAGUGCUCCAGGCUCUCUACUUCUGCCGGCCUUUCCGGGAGAACGUGCUUGCUUACAAAGCCCAGCAGAAGAAGAAGGAGAACCUGCUCACAUGCCUGGCUGACCUCUUCCACUCCAUUGCAACACAGAAAAAGAAAGUGGGCGUCAUCCCGCCCAAGAAGUUCAUUUCCCGCUUAAGGAAAGAAAACGAUCUGUUCGACAACUACAUGCAACAGGAUGCCCACGAAUUCCUCAACUACCUGCUGAACACGGUGGCCGACAUCCUGCAAGAGGAAAAAAAGCAGGAAAAGCAGAACGGGCGCCUUAAGAACAACGGCACUGCUGUCACCACGGAGACCGAGACAGAGAACAAGACAGAGCCCACAUGGGUUCACGAUAUCUUCCAGGGCACACUGACCAAUGAGACACGCUGCCUCAACUGUGAAACGGUGAGCAGCAAAGAUGAAGAUUUUCUGGAUCUUUCUGUGGAUGUGGAGCAAAACACAUCAAUAACACACUGUCUCAGGGACUUCAGCAACACAGAGACUUUGUGCAGUGAAUACAAAUACUACUGUGAGACAUGCUGCAGCAAGCAGGAAGCACAGAAGCGGAUGCGUGUGAAGAAGCUUCCUAUGAUCCUGGCACUACACCUGAAGAGGUUCAAGUACAUGGAGCAGCUGCACCGCUACACCAAGCUGUCCUAUCGGGUGGUUUUCCCCCUUGAACUCCGCCUGUUCAACACGUCUGGGGAUGCAGUCAACCUGGAUCGCAUGUACGAUCUAGUGGCGGUGGUGGUUCACUGUGGCAGUGGCCCAAAUAGAGGUCAUUACAUCACCAUAGUGAAGAGUCACGGCUUCUGGCUGCUGUUUGAUGAUGACAUUGUGGAGAAAAUUGAUGCCCAGGCCAUCGAGGAGUUUUACGGGCUUACCUCAGACAUCUCCAAGAACUCUGAGUCAGGAUACAUCCUCUUCUACCAGUCCAGGGAGUGACUGGAGCUGCAUCAGUGACACAGGAGAUGACUGAAUAGGAUGAGACCUUUUUUUUUUUUUUUUUUUUUUGUACCUUCAGCCUAACAGACCCAGACUCCAGCCGUCUCCAUCCCAUCCUGUUCCCAUUCUCCAAGUCAGACCUCUCUGAUGUUCGUGCGUGCCAAUCCUCUGUCCCAACCCCAACCUCCGGGUUAACCUGUGCUUCAUCUUCUUCUUCUUUCUCUCUCUCUGUGUAAUUUGCGUCUUGCCUUUUAGUCACCUGCAUCUGGACUGCACUUUAAAACAAAAGCAAAAAUGCUCAACAGCAUGUCGGAAACAAAAAAGGAGCGUUCAUUCACACCGAGCGCCUCAGGCUUGGUGUGUAGACUGGUGGGAGAAGCCUGCAGAGGUGAUUCUCUACGUGGUGCACAUACAGACUGUUGUCUAAAAUUGUACUAUAUCAUUUAUAUGUAUAUAAGGUCUUCUUCCGUGAUGUGUCACCCCCUGUUAACUCCUUUCAUUAGGGCUAUUUUCCUCAUCAUCACUGUCCAGUCCUUUGUUCAUGUCCCUGGUGGAUGCAUGAGACUUAUAUGAAGUUGGAGACAGACACUGUAUAAUACGCAUAGAGAGGUUUCAUGCAUUUUCAGUGGUUUUGAAGCAAUAUCUGAGCAUUAAUGAGAGAGCUCACAAGCUGAAAACUACCUAAACUUCAACAGUUGACAGUGUGUAGAGGUUGUGUUGUCCCACAGAGAAUCACUCUGUGAGCUGCUGUCUGUCUGAUGUGACAACUCGGUGUCUGUCUAACCACAUAUGAUCAACACUUAACCCAACUGAGCCAAAUGCUCCAACACUACACGUGAAAGGAAAUCCUGUUUUCUCUGGAUCUCCAUUCAAAUCAGCCGAAUCUUUAUAAUUUUUUAUUCUGAUCAAAAACCCAUAUUUAUUGUACUUAACAUAUUUAUUACUGUUAUUUGUAAUGCAGACUGGUCAAUAAUGAAGGUGUGUGUGUGUAAUAUGGCUCUUCUUAGAGCUCUGUAUGUGAGGGUACUUGUGUCGAGGCUCGCAGUGUGAAGGAUAUAGUGUAUGUGAUACACGACUUAAGAGUACAGCUGAAAGAAAACUGGUUUUAAUUUUGUCAGUUGCAUGUUAAAGGUCCAGUGUGUAGGAUUUAGGGGGAUAUAUCAGCAGAAAUGGAAUAUAACAUAUAACAAGUAUGUUUUCUUUCAUGUGUAAUUUCCUGCAGAUAAGAAUUUUUCGUUAACUUAGAAUCAGCCAAUUACAUACGGACUGGGUCCUUGUCCCAGGAGUGUGCCAUGUUGCACUGCCAUGUUUCUGCAGUAGCCCAAAACAGAUGAAACAAACACUGCCUCUAGAUAGGGCCAUU